CUAGAAAUAUGUUAGUACCUUGACAAUACGUUAAACUUUGCGGUGGUAAUAUUCACCGAAAUGGAAUUUAUUUUGAUCCUGUGUAUAGUGGCUAUUGCUCAUGGGGGUGUUGUUCCAAAUGGUGAUGAAGUAUCGAACGAGGCAAAGCGUAUUGUUGGUGGUCAAGACACAACGAUAGGGAAACAUGCAUGGCAGGUGUCACUACAGCGUAAAUCCGGGACAUCAUGGAGUCACUCAUGUGGUGGUUCUAUAAUUGGUGAGAAGUGGGUUGUAACUGCAGCUCAUUGUGUGGAAGGAAGUCCAGUAAGCUCUCUUAGAAUAGCCGCUGGAACAACAACAUGGAGCAGUGGAGGCGACACACGCUUACUAUCGUCCUUUACUAUGCAUCCUGAUUAUGAUGGGUUUGGAGAUGGCUUCCCUAACGAUAUCGCUGUAUUGGAACUUGAAUCAGCUUUACCAUUUAGUAGUUCUAUUGCAAAGAUUGAGUUGGCAGAUGACGAGGGGAAUUUUUCGGGAGACAAAUGUAUGAUUACAGGAUGGGGUCUGACAAAUGAUGAACCAGGUCUUCCAGAUGUGUUACAGGAAGUAACAAUGACAGUAUUGACUAAUGCUGAUUGUACCGACAGAUGGUCAACUGUUACUGGUGCUACGAUCAACGGAGGUCACAUUUGUAUCGGUAAUGAUCAAGACAGCGGCAAAUCAGCAUGCAAUGGUGACAGUGGUGGACCUAUGCAAUGUGAGGUACAGGGAACAACCUACCUGGCAGGAGCAACAUCCUGGGGAAUCAGUGGGUGUGGAGUAGGAUACCCUAGUGUUUAUACAAGGAUCUCAUUCUUCAGAGAUUGGAUCAGACAACAGACCGGGAUCUAAAUU